CCUGAGAUGCAUUGAGACGAUCUCCAGGAAACCAUUAUGUUGUUAAAUAGUAUAUGAAACACGUACGUGAACCAGGGAAGAAAAACGGAUGUAUAAAACAAAAAAUUAAAACUGUUUAUACCAGAACGAAUUGGACACAUAACAAGCGAAACUGGUUUAGCGAUACAGCAUCUUUUAAAUUAGAUUUCAUGUGAAGCUGUGACCAUUUCCUAAAGGCAACAUGAAAACAGACGACAAACUUCAGAUCUUAAAGUUCUUUCUAAUGCUUGUCAAUUCCUUCUUUGUGAUUCUUGGCAUCAGCAUUUUUGCGUGUUCGGCUUGGAUUUUAUUUGAUAAGGACAGCUUUGUGAGCGUUCUCAGCUCUGGACAGGAUGUGAAGGUGGUGGCCGGGGGGCUCUUUUUCAUCGGACUUCUUGUGGUUGCAGUGUCCUUGCUGGGUUGUGCCGGCGCCUAUUUUGAGAACAGAUGUUUCAUCAUAUUUUAUCUGUGCAUCUUGGUCGUCAUCAUACUGGGUCAGGUUUUCAUCACCGUUGUGCUAUUGAUACGAAGAAACAAGAUUGGGGAGUUUUUGAGGGAGAAUGUGGACGAGAUCAUUAGUCAGUACGGAGGAAAUGAAACCCGAUCUCAACUGUCUUGGAGACUUCUAGACAGCGUGCAGAUUUCUGCACAAUGCUGUGGUAGGCUGACCUCAAAUGAAUGGAGGAAUAACACAGUUAUUAAGUUUCUGGGGGGGACUGACAUCUAUCCUUGCUCCUGUUUUAAUAAUACCUGCCCUGUAAUUCUGCCUGGAACAUACAGAUUUGGAAAAGGAUCAGAGAUCCAUAAAACGGGCUGUGAGACAGUUCUAGUGGACUGGUUAGAGAUGAAUAUAAUCUUGAUAUUUGGAAUGGAUGCUGGGCUUCUUUUGAUACAGAUUCUCCAGUUUAUCUUUGGCGUCCAAACCUACAAAUGCAUCAGCCGUAAGACGAGGGAACUGCAUCCCAGUAAUCUACUGAACGCCAUGGAGGAGAAUCCUGCAGCGCAGCCUGAACACCAGCAGUACGGCAUGGAAAACCAGCACUUUGAUCCUCAACCCUAUGACUAUGAAAUGGACGCCGCCGACGCCUACUAUCAUCACGGUGGAUAUGAUGACAGGAAUUACGGCCAGUAUGACAAUCCAGAAUUUUUCGAACCAGACAACAGUGAAAUGUACAACCACCAUCAUAAUUUGCAAUACCAACAGAGCUAUGAUGACAGUUACGAUCAGGGAUACAUGCAGCACCACAACUACCAUCACAGCUACAAUCCUGAUGAUUACUGAAGACCGAUGUAACGUGAUCAGAUCGGGAUGGGCUAAUUUGCUGUUUUAAAAAUAGCAUUCAACAAAGCGCAAACUGCGGUAUGUGCCUGACCAAUGACAUCUAAAACCUUCUUGUAAGACCAUUGUUUUGUUUCACUGAGUUCAGGUUAGCGCCUGUUCCCAGGAGUAUCAUUUGUCAUUGUAAAGACAACCAGCAUCUUUUUCUCAAACAAUUCAUUCCAGACCUUAACAUUUUUGCUCAGAAGUCAAAGUUCAGCAUUUGAUGACAGACAGAUUUUAUCAUGUUUCUAUUUUAUUUUAAUGCCCCAUGAAAAAUGUACAGGUUUUGUAUAACUAGUAGUGUAAUCAUAAAAAUACUGACCUGAAAUUACAACCAAUAUGAGACAAUCCACACAAUAUAACUAGCAAUAAUAUUAAAACACUGUUAUAUGGCAAAAAUAUUAUUUUAAAUAAAGAAUAAAAAUCGAUGAUUUCUACUUGAAACAUACAUAAAAAUAAACAUGUUUUAUAUACAAACACUAUAUUUACAUUAUUUCGACUAUUACUAAACAAAAAGCACACAAGCUGUGUUUAAAAUGCGUGUAAACCAUUACUCAUCCUUUGCUUUCCGUGCCACGAAGAAUCUUCGUUCUCACUUGUCAUAUUCGGAUGAUUCGAGAGGUUGUUUUGUAAAUCACUGCACACUCAGACCUGCUUUAUGAGUCAAGAGUUGAUGUUAAUGACACUGGGGGCCGUUUAGUGUGUGAAUGUAUCAGUGUGUGUGUCGGAAGCUGAGUCGGCGAGUCAAGAGUGGGCUUUGACUGAAGUUUGAUGGACGACACUCUCUGUGGGCCAUAAAGAGCGGCGUGUCUGUCCGCAUGAGAGGGCCCUUUGUUACGGUCACUCUGCGGUUGAUGAUAGCCAGGCUGACAUUACCGACCUCGUGCGGUUAUGAGUUGGCAGUCAUGCUUUACGACAACAGUUGACAGCGCACGCAUUGAUGGGGACAAAGAGAAAGUUACAAGGAGAGGAGCUUGAGAUUUCCACUGCCGGUACCUGAUUCUGCUCUGGACAGAGUGAUGCAUAGUGAGUCAGUGGAGGAUUUACAGGACUGUCUGGGAUGCAUUGAGACGGUGACAAAAAAUUAUUCACAAAUAGCAUAAAAGGGUCUGUUAGG